GGGGCGGAGAUUCGAGAAUCUCACCUACAACAAGUAACUGCUGGGCAGAUUUGCUGAGUAGAUAUAGAUAUGCUGCCAGCUAUUAAUUUCAAUUAUCAAGGCAGCUGGAGAACUACGGAUGAGAACGAAAGCAAUUUGUUCUGUACAGUAUUAUACUGAUAGAAAAAUCUAGAAUAUAAAAGGUUCGAUUUUUAGCUAUACAUGACAAGAAACUGGAACGUAUAUAUUGUGUAACACAACCUUUCACAACGAUAAAUUGAGUUAAUGCGAAAUCUUGCAGGCCAAACUUUUUUUGUUUUGUUUUUGCAACGAAGACGCUGUCACGUGACCAAGUGGCGCAAAUCCUCUUGGUUCAUUCAGCAUCUUUGGUUCAAGGCAAAUACGAAUGACGUUGACAUUCCUGCUAGGUGUGAUUUAAACAUCCAUCCAGACGAAAAUGACUUUGAGUUGCCCCUGAGGAUCGUGUGUUUAUUUUGUUGCCGAAAGAAACAACUGGACAUCAACAAAAGAAUUAUAUACAUUUUAGCAAGAUGUCGUGCGUGAAUUUGUUUAUGUUGUUGUUGUUGGUAAUGAGCCACAUGACACUGGCUGCAACUAAGAACGAUUCUAUCGACCACUGCUAUGGGGCGCGAUUUCACAGUGCGUUACUGGAAAAAUUCAACUUUGGUGGCGUGUUCAUUGUACUCUAUGGGCACUUUUUCUGCUUCGCGCUUAUUUUGUGUGUGUUCUGCUUUCGCGUAAUGACCGGUGGCUGGGGAAAUGUCCCUCAAGAAGAUCCCGCGCUGUCUAACGUGGAUGACACGAUUGAUGAUGACAGUGACUCAUCCUCAUCUUCCAGUUCACCUACCCCUCAACCACACAUGGGUUUUAAAGAUGCACGAUUAAUGUCCUGGGUUAAUGACAUGGUCCAAAUCAGUGAAAACGAGAUAAGGAGGAGGUCUGAGGAGGAUGUGAUUAAUUAUUUGUCCUUCCAGCGUCACAUCAUUGGCCUGUUAAUAAUUGUGACUAUUUUGUCUAUGGGUGUCAUCUUUCCCUUGAAUUAUGCUGGCAAACGUUUUGAAAAGGACACUCAGUUUGGAAAAUUCACAAUUGCAAAUAUGGAUAAUGAAACUGGUUUGUGGGUGCACAACCUCUUUGCUAUCCUCUACCUCUUCCUGACUGUGUACAGCAUGAGAAAGCACACGCACAAGAUGCAUGACAGACAGGACGACAUGGCGAAUUGUACGUUGUUGGUGAUUGGAAUCCCCACAGAUGCAGAGGCAGUGGAGAUAAAGCAUCACUUUGAGGAGGCAUAUGAAUACUGUACUGUGGAGGAUGUACGGAUCUGUUACGACUUCUCCAAGCUGUUGGAGCUGUUUCAUAAACGGAAGAGGGCAGAGUGCCAAAAAAACUUCUACCUCGAUCAACGGGCUCAGGGGAACACCACCAUGAUGACCGCAAACUUUUGUCAAUAUUUAUGGUGUUUCAAACAUUACAAAGAGCAAGAGGCGGUCGAGUAUUACACCAAGCUGGAAGAAUCGUUAUUGAAGAUCUUCAUGGAAGAGAGGGAGAAAGUACAGAAGAAACAUUUAAAAAUGAUCUUUGUCACUUUUCAGAAUGAGGCCGUGGCUGAAAGGCAAGUCCUGUUUCAUAAGCCGUACCGUACCACUAGACGCUCUAAGGGUGCUGGUGUGACUGAUAGAUUUGCGUUAUGCGGACACGUGGCUCGUUUCAGAAUUUUUAGGGACUUCAAUGUUUGCAUUUGUCACGGCUGUCACGUUGAGCGAGAGCCCAGGUGUUCUUCCAGGAGUGCCAAGCUGAAAACAGACAAUUGGACGGUCAGCUAUGCCCCUGAUCCACACAACGUCCACUGGGAGCACCUUGCAGUGGGUGGAAUCUCAUGGUGGCUACGCUUUUAUGCCAUCAACCUUUUGCUCAUCAUACUCCUCUUUUUCUUUACCACUCCAUCCAUCAUUAUGGCCACUUUGGAUGAAUUCAAUUUUACCAAAGCAGUGGAAGACCUAAACAAUCCAGUCAUCACACAGUUUUUACCUACCUUCCUACUGUGGUUGUUCUCCACCUUGCUUCCUACUGUUGUCUAUUAUUCAUCUCUUUUUGAAUCCCACUGGACCCGGUCAACAGAAAAUCAAGUUACAAUGCACAAGUGCUAUAUUUUCCAAACCUUGAUGUUCCUGGUUCUGCCCUCCCUCGGUAUUGCCAAUAUGGAAUAUUUUUUCGAAUGGCUUUUUGGUUCUACGUUCUUGUCCAAUGGGACACAGAGAUUUGCGUGCGUGUUCCUUCCCGACACAGGCUCCUUCUUUGUUAAAUGUGUCAUUGCAUCUGCACUCACUGGUAAUGCUAUGGAACUGCUGAGGAUCCCGGCUUUGGUGGUGUAUGCCGUUCGCAUUUGCAUGGCUUGUUCAGAGGCCAGGCGGAGGAACAUCAGGAUGUUACCGGCCACUGAGUUUCCAUGUGGAGCGUCUUACGCCUGGAUGAUGUGUAUCUUCACCAUGGUUAUGACCUAUAGCAUCACCUGCCCAGUCAUAGUCCCUUUUGGCCUGGUAUACAUGAUAAUAAAACAACAAGUGGACCGGUAUAACAUUUACUACAUUUAUCGGCCAACCAAGCUAGACAUGAGUAUCCACUCUGGAGCUGUCAAUCAAGCUAUGGUUGGGCCCAUUCUGGGAAUGUUGUGGCAGUUUUUCUUCUUUAUGAAGCGUUCUGGUAUUUUUGCUUCUUCCACCCUAUUCACAGGGACCAUGCUGCUCAUCACGUUCAUAGUCUUUAUUGCACGCGCCUGCUUUGGACGUUUGAAAAAGUUCACUCCUCACAACUAUCAGGUUGACAUCCAUCAUGAACAUGCAAGGGCCGAAAACCCAGAAGGUGAAGAUCAGAGCACAAACCUAUAUUCCCUCUUUCAGUUGAAAUAGAUUUCUCCACGGUGCCGUGCGGGCGGCGGUUAAAGUCUACAGAUUAAAUGUAUGUCGUUAUGUUUGUUGUCAAAAUGGGGCGAAGCACCUUAAGAGAUGAUUGAGCACUGAGGAAAAUGGAUUUGAAUUUGGAAAGUCUACCGAACGCAAUGCGUCCAUUUUCCAUAUCUUGUGUUCUCAAUAGGGUUGUGAAUAAGCAGAAGCUUAUCCCAGCUGAAAUUGAGGCGAGAGGCAGGGUACACCCUGAACUGUCCGCCAGUCAAUAAAACAUGCAGCAUUAGAAAUAUAUGUAUUAUAAUAAUAUAAUAUCUAUUAGUGUUAGCAAGAUAAGGACUGCUUAGUCAACUGCUCUUAACCGAGCCCAGAAAGCCGGCUUUCGGACUCACCAAUACUCUUUCUUGCAUUUAUCUUGCAUUAAGAAUUGAAUAUAAAUAAACAAUUGUUUGGGCAUUGUUUGGUUUGGUGUUUGAAAUGAUACAAAUAAAUCUGUCUAAUCAUUU